UCUUAACUAAAUUAACCGAGAACAAUAGUACUACAUGGAUUCAUUUUUUCCCGAGAAACUUCUGGGUGAGAUCUUCUGGGAUCAACUUUUGCCCACUGAUCAAAGUGAUGUAGUUCAAAAUUCCCGUAUCAUCAAGGCUGAAGCUUUCCCUCCAGCAACUCAAAGUGCUUUUCUUCAAUAUAGAGACCUACCCAGAAGAAAUAACCCUCUGAACGGGUCAAAUUCAGAGAGCAUGAGUAAGAGGAUGCUUGCAUUCUUGAGAAAAAGUUCCCCUGUGGAGAGAAAUAACGUAGAAGAGAAUGAAAGAGAUCGCAGUUUCAGGCACAUGAUCAACGAGAGAAUGAGAAGACAGAGACAGAGACAAUGUUGCUUGGCCCUGCAUUCAAUUUUACCACACGGAACCAAAACGGAUAAUAAUUCUGUAAUUCAAACAGCAGCAAAGGAGAUUGUAAGGCUAAAAGGAUGCAGAGAAGAGCUGCAGAGGAAAAAUAGCGAGGCUGAAGGUGUUUGUGUGAGGAAGAAAGAUGGAGGAAGAAAGAUUGCAUAUUUGAGAGUUGCAGAUCCUGAGUGUGGAAUUGAUUCAAUGGUUGAGAGGCUGAAGUGGUUGAAAGAGGAAGGAGUGGAGAGCAGGAGGAUCAAAUCAAGUUUCUCCCCAAAGGAGUUGUUUGCAGUGUUAGAGAUAGAGAGUGGUGAGGAGGUAUAAGGUUCAUGGGAAACUUGUAAGAACAAAACGAUAGAGUCGGGAUUUUGUUAUAAGUGAAGCUUGAAUUUGUAAAUAAUGUAGAUGAUAGACAGACACACGUGUGGGUAGGUCAAUUCACUCCUCUUUUCUUUAUGGUGGUCAAGCUUGUACACAUGUAACACUAUUUCAAUUUUAACUCAAAUUCAGUUAUUAAAUAAAUACCCUGUCUUGUUUCAGUC